AUGAGUUUGGCUGAAUUCAGUGUAAUGUAUGAACACAUGAGCCCUAAUCUCGAUGAUGAUUCACAAGGUGAUUACGAGGUGUAUGGUGUCGGUGAUGAUAACACUGUCCGCAAAAUCAUUCGCUUGAAAAAUGGCAUGCGCAUGAAACAACGCCAAUUUCAGUAUAUAGAGCGCGAACUUAAUCAAGUUAUUGCCCAGGCUAUAGCAUUAGGAGUGAAUGAAUCACAUGGGCCAAAAGAGUUGAAUGAUAACCCAGUUGAACGAAACGAUCAACUUAAUGCGAUUGUAGAGGGUUAUGAGCACGGACUACUGGAUGUUGAUAUGCAAGAUGACAGUGCUGACAAUGCAGAAGAACCAGUUCUUACAAAUGAACAAUUUUUAGAAUGUGUCCGAAGCAUGAAUAUUGAACAGAAACAGCUCUUUCAAAAAAUUUCUAAUACUAUUCAAGACGACCUCGGUAAAAACCCUAUGCUGAGCGAUACCCUUAAAUUGUUCUUCACUGGUGGAGCUGGUUGCGGUAAAACUUUUUUACUGAAGAUGAUUGUGCAUCAGAUCAAAACGUGUUAUGCACCAACUGUGGAUUCACUCCUGGAUGCAAAAUUUGUUGAAGUCUGUGCUUUGACUGGAGUAGCCGCUCGAUUAAUUCACGGCCGUACAAUUCACAAUGCCUUUUCAUUAGCGAUUGAGAAAGGUAAAUCUUCCGUGUACAGACAAUUGAAUGGGCAAAAGCUAGAAAAUUUGAGACGCAGAUGGAAACACAUUCGAUGGCUCAUCAUAGAUGAAAUUUCGAUGGUUUCAUACGAAAUACUCCGAUCUGUUCAUCUUCGUCUGCAAGAACUGAAGAAUAAUACUCUUCUCUAUGGCGGUGUUCAUGUUUUAGUAUUUGGUGAUAUAAUGCAAUUGCCACCGGUAAAAGGAAACUGGUGCUUCAAUCAACCCAGUUAUUACAUGGCAGAACCUCAUCUAUGGCGUUAUUUCGGUUUAUGCGAAUUGACAGCUAAUAUGCGACAGCAAAAUGAUGCUCCAUUUGUUGACUUGUUGAAUAAUUUAAGAGUUGGUGAAAUGACGAUGGAUCAGUAUGAAAUGUUGUUAGAUAGAAAUCGAGUGCCAUUAGAAAACGAAUUCGCAGACGGUGAAGCAGUCCGCAUUUUUCCCACCUUGAAACUUGUGCAGGCAUACAAUGAUAGAAUGAUGGAGCGACUAGCAUCUUCUGUACGCGUUUAUACGAUCAACGCUCGUGAUGAAUCGAGAGAAGCACAAACUUACGGACAACGACCGCCAAAUAAUGUGGUUUCCAAUGAUCCGAAUAAUACAGGAGGUUUUUUAAGUCACAUGAAACUCGCAAUUGGUGCUAGGGUUAUGCUGCGUGCAAAUAUUCGUGUCUCUGAAGGACUUGUCAACGGAGCCAUGGGUGUUCUCAGAGGUUUUCAAUGGGAAGCUUUACGCCGGGAUCAACUUGAAGAUGGAGAAUUACCGAAAAAAGUAUAUGUCGAGUUUGACGAUCUUUUGGUGGGACGAAGCUUUAAAGAUGAUAAUGGAUUUGUUGGAAUUCAACUUCGACAAUUACUAUAUUAA